AUGUCGGUCCUGGAGCCGCGUUGUUGGUCCGUCCCGUCGCCCGAGUGCGUAGGUGUGGACCAGUGGGGUAACUCUGAAGCUGACUGCCACACUGAGACCGAUGCCUGCCCUGCCAGUAAACUGAACUACAGUAAGGUGGUGGUAGACGACAAUGGAAGUUACAGCAUUACCGGGCUUCCUAAUUUCGCGGAGGACAGUUCGUACAUUGGCUACUGCCCGGAUAAACCGAACGACAACUGGGACGCUGGCGGUUGUUUGCCGCGACCAGUGAGUGACAGUGCUGUGGUGGAGUACCAUGUGGACGACGAGGUCAGGAUGAGCUACACUCCGGUAGACACUCUGCACUACAAUAUUACCGUCGGUUGGACGUACCCAAGUCUAUACUCGAUACCUGACGGGGCAGUGUUUAGACUUUUGGUAAAGACUCCCGGGGCCAGUUCAGCCGGCCACUACUACUGCGUAUGCAUCAAUGGUACACUGAGACUGACAGAACACUCUCUAACGGUGGAGUAUCACCCUGGUAACAACAGGUUGAACUCCAUACAGGCAUCUAUUGUCACUUUUCCACAUAGGGAGCGUGAGAGUCCGCCAGUAACUGGUGGUUCAUCUGCUGGAACAUCAUUAUCAAACUUUCCUGUAAACUGUUCAGACUAUAAAAAUGGCCUUCCCUACAGUCGCUCAAGAUGUGCCAUACCUUACUAUGGGAGGCCGAGGAAUUUGAAAGUGAAUGUGGUUGGCACAGUUACAAGACUCUCCUGGGACAGGCCGUGCUACCGAGACCCAAAUGCCUGCCAUCUUCUAGAGAUGGAUCCUUCUGCUGCCUCUCAAUCCGACCCAGACACUUACUACCUGGCUUCUACAGUGGACAAUAUCACACAUUACUUCAUAAUCCAUAACACUACAACAGUGGUUCUGCAUACCACUAAUCGCGAAGGCGUCAAGCUCUACACACAAACGCCAUGUUCCGGCGCUUGCCAAGACAACCACUUUGCCAACGGCUGCUCCGAACCCGUGACCCUAAGUGAUAGCGAUAGCGACACUUGCUCAGCCCAGGGACUUCAACCAAACCAGAGUCCACCACCACUGAGCCUGUCACUGGACCAGGGCACAUCAUUGCGGCAAUGGUGGUGGUUGGUGCUUGUGCUGCUUGUAGCAGGAGGACUGAUCACUCUGGUGGUAGUCUUUGGUUACUGUCACUAUCGCAGAGUGACACCCCAGCACGAGGUGAUUCAUCCCUCUCCAUGGCCCUCUCCGUCCACACUCGUGCCUUCUGUCCUGGUGGUCUUCUCCCCAAGAACAAAUCACGAUGAGACACACGUAAUUCUCCAUUUCCUGGUUAAUAAGCUGGCCGAUUUCAACGUGGAGGCCUUUGCAUACGAGAUGUGCCAGCUGAGGCAGCCACCGACCGAGUGGGUUGUGGAGCAGCGAAGGAGAGCAGACGCAGUUCUCUGCGUGUGUAACCGCGAGUUCUGGGAGGACUGGAAUCACGAAACCACCACGUCUUACUUUGACCACACCCCGAAAGUGGUCCGUACACUCAAGCAGCUGUUUGAAGGGGACUUACAAGAGGGGUCGUCUGGGGUUCUGCCAUAUGGAGUGAUAAAGAUGAAGCCAACCGACAGUGAAUUUGUUCCUCCUCUGCUCAAGUCGAGACCCGACUUCAUGUAUCACCAGACCAAAGACAUAGCACACUUUGCUCACAACAAACCCCUGUACCAGGUUCUUUGUGCCCUGGUGAAUGCCCUAGUGCCAAUGACUUUUCCUUCCGAGGUCCUUGUCAAUGACAGGUGGACUAUUAAUCUGGUGUUGGAAGCAUUCUCUGAAAUAGUAGGUGUGCGGAGUCUCGUUAAUUCUGAAGACCUAUACGAGGGCACUAAAAGGAGCACGACUGCGCUGGUUGCUUUUGUUCUCACGAGUGGAUUCCAGUACAGCCAGGCCGCUGCAGUAGUGGAAAGAAUGGAAGUUCUAUGUCAACAGGAAAGGCAGGCCCAGGAUGGAGAAAGCCACAUUCUGGACACCAACUUGGAAAAGAUUCGUGAAGAGAUAUGCUGGAUCCAGGAGACAUACAACCACAGCAGGUGCAAAGAGUGGACCGAGCAAGCAAAGAAUAUUCGAGCUAGGGUGCAGGAGAAGAUAGAUGGAAUGAUUCACUCCAGGUUUUGCCAAGUCACUGUCCCACGACCAAUGACCAUCAAUAAGCUGACGGCCAGUCUCGUAAUAAACCUGAGUCUGACAGGAUGGUGUGGGUUCUACCUGGCAGACUCCAAGGAGAACCUAUGGCCGAACAGGAGACUUGUGGUACAAGACAAGAAGACAGGCGAAUAUUUUGAAGAUUUCUCUGGAUAUGACAACCACAAAGGUACAGUUAGGGGCAUGUUGGGUCUACAUCCUUAUGAAAUUGUGGAAGUGAAUCCAUCGCAACAUCCAGACCAUUUGAUUUAUGUGGAGAGUGCUUCAAGAAACAGGAUACUGAAAGCUAACACCAGGUUUCUCUACCAGGUGUUUCCCGGAACUUCUGCUCAAUGCAGAAGGCAGCUACUCAGAGCAGCCAGGAUAGGCGAGCUGGACACUGUUAAGAAACUGCUGCUGUUCUUCAAACGGGACAAAGAGUUUGUGAAUGGCCGGGACACAGAGACAGGGAACACUGCACUCCAUAUUGCCAGCCGUCAGGGACACUUGGAAGUAAUGAUGACCCUACUAGAGAGUGAAGCAGAUGUGGACCCAGUCAACAAUGCUGGCAGCACUCCUUUCUUCCUGGCUACUGAGGGGCUUCACAAGACAGCUAGUCUGUUGCUACUGGAGUGGGGUGCUGAUAUUCAUGUCAAGAACCGACUCAGCAAGACUGCCUUGGACCUCACCAGGAACUCAGACCUAAAGGUCUUUCUCUCUCGGAAGUAUCUAGAAUACCAGGAACUUCAGGAGGCCGUUAGAAAGAGUGACUGCGGAACACUGGAGGGACAUAUUGACAAACACUUGGACAACACAGACCCAAUGGCCAGCCUCAACAGCCGGUGUGUGAGAGGUGGUAGUCUUCUCCAUGCAGCAGCCUCUACUGGCUCUCUGAAUGCAGUCAAGAAGUUGCUGGGGCAGGAGGUCAGACCAGAUAUUCGUGACGAGGGUGGAGCCACACCACUCCACAUCACGAGGGACCCCGCCAUCUUAGAGGAGAUGUUGGCAUAUGAUGGAGACGUCAACUCUGUUGAUUCCAGGGGCAACUCUCCGUUACACUGCUUGUGCAGUGAAAGCCGUCAUAUUUCCUCACUACCCGACUGCGUCUCCCUUUUAGUGAGCCUCUUUUGGCAUCAGUUCUGUGUCACGUGA